ACGUGGUGACGUAAUUGUUGACAUCCUCACUUUCAGUCCCUCCCUGGACGCCAAGGUGCAUUCUGGGUCAAUCCCAAGAUGGCGGCGCCCUUGCGCAAGUGCUGAGAAAGUGUCUCUACAGAGAAACAGUGAGAAAUUUCAGGAUUGCUGCACAAUUUCCUCGAAUUCCGAUCGUGAAAGGUGAUAGCAGGUGCACAAAACGAUAUCCACGACCGAGUCAUCGAUUGCUAUAUCAGCGCUUGGCGUGGCUCUGGCAGAACGUCCGUGCGAAGAUGGGCCUCCAUCCGAGCCCCUACCCCUAGCGAAAAGUGGACGGGGGGAGAACAGCCGCGGAUUUCCCUGCAAACACAUUCCCGUCGAACUCGGACUUGACGGCUUUCACUUUUUGCAGAAAUUGUGGACGCUGCCGUACAACUUGGUAACGGGAGUAAUCUGUGCGACCGCUUCUGUCAUCGUUCGGAGACGCAGGAGUUCCCCAUCUCGUGGUGUGCAGAUAACAGCCGCGCCAAGAGCCCUAAUGAAAAUGGACGCGGAGCUGCUCAGCUCGCCCGCGGUGGGGCUGGCGGAGGAGGAGGAGGCGGACAUCAGCGACUGGAACCUGCCGCUGGCCUUCAUGAAGAAGCGCCACUCGGAGAAGAUCGAGGGCUCCAAGGCACUGGCACAGAGCUGGCGCAUGAAGGACCGGAUGAAGACAGUGAGUGUGGCCCUGGUGCUGUGCCUCAACGUUGGAGUGGACCCACCUGACGUGGUCAAGACCUCGCCCUGCGCCCGACUGGAGUGCUGGAUCGACCCACUGUCCAUGAGCCCCCAGAAGGCUCUGGAGACCAUAGGGGCUAACCUACAGAAGCAAUACGAGAACUGGCAGCCACGGGCGCGCUACAAGCAGAGUCUGGACCCCACGGUGGACGAGGUGAAGAAGCUGUGCACGUCUCUGCGCCGCAACGCCAAGGAGGAGCGCGUCCUCUUCCACUACAACGGACACGGAGUCCCCCGACCCACGGUCAACGGAGAGAUUUGGGUCUUCAACAAGAACUACACCCAGUACAUCCCCCUGUCCAUCUACGACCUGCAGACCUGGAUGGGCAGUCCCUCCAUAUUCGUCUACGACUGCUCCAACGCCGGUAUCAUCGUCAAGUCCUUCAAGCAGUUCGCUCUGCAGAGGGAACAGGAACUGGAGGUGGCGGCCAUCAACCCUAACCACCCCCUGGCCCAGAUGCCUCUGCCGCCCUCCAUGAAGAACUGCAUCCAGCUGGCGGCGUGCGAGGCCACCGAGCUGCUGCCCAUGAACCCUGACCUGCCCGCCGACCUCUUCACCUCCUGCCUCACCACGCCCAUCAAGAUCGCCCUGCGAUGGUUCUGUAUGCAGAAGAGUGCCAAGCUGGUGCCAGGGGUGACGCUAGACCUGAUUGAAAAAAUACCUGGCCGUCUCAACGACAGGCGAACUCCACUCGGGGAGCUAAAUUGGAUCUUCACGGCAAUCACAGACACCAUUGCCUGGAAUGUGCUUCCCAGAGACCUCUUCCAGAAGCUGUUCAGACAGGACCUGCUGGUGGCCAGCCUCUUUCGUAACUUCCUAUUGGCCGAGAGGAUAAUGAGGUCGUACAACUGCACGCCAGUCAGCAGCCCUCGCCUCCCGCCAACCUACAUGCACGCCAUGUGGCAGGCCUGGGAUCUGGCGGUGGACAUCUGCCUCUCUCAGCUCCCCACCAUCAUCGAGGAAGGCACGGCGUUUAGGCACAGCCCGUUCUUCGCGGAGCAGCUGACGGCCUUCCAGGUGUGGCUGACCAUGGGGGUGGAGAACAGGAACCCGCCCGAGCAGCUGCCCAUCGUCCUUCAGGUCCUCUUGAGCCAGGUGCACCGUCUCAGAGCCCUGGACCUGCUCGGACGCUUCCUGGACCUCGGGCCGUGGGCCGUCAGCUUGGCCUUGUCUGUGGGGAUCUUCCCCUACGUGCUGAAGCUGCUGCAGAGCUCCGCGCGGGAGCUGAGGCCACUGCUGGUCUUCAUCUGGGCCAAGAUCCUCGCCGUCGACAGCUCAUGCCAAGCUGACCUUGUGAAGGACAAUGGGCACAAGUAUUUCCUGUCGGUGUUGGCUGAUCCAUACAUGCCUGCGGAGCAUCGGACUAUGGCUGUGUUCAUCUUGGCUGUCAUUGUCAACAACUACAACACGGGCCAGGAGGCCUGCCUGCAGGGCAACCUGAUUGCCAUUUGUCUGGAGCAGCUGAACGAUCCUCACCCGCUGCUGCGCCAGUGGGUGGCCAUCUGCCUGGGACGCAUCUGGCAGAACUUCGACUCGGCCCGCUGGUGCGGCGUCCGGGACAGCGCGCACGAGAAGCUCUACAGCCUGCUCUCAGACCCCAUCCCAGAGGUGCGAUGUGCAGCUGUCUUUGCUCUGGGGACGUUCGUGGGGAACUCGGCGGAGCGGACGGACCACUCGACCACCAUCGACCACAACGUGGCCAUGAUGCUGGCGCAGCUCAUCAACGACGGCAGCCCCGUAGUACGCAAGGAGCUGGUGGUGGCCCUGAGUCACCUGGUGGUGCAGUACGAGAGUAACUUCUGCACUGUGGCUCUGCAGUUCAUGGAGGAGGAGAAGAACUACGCCGUGCCCUCGCCAGCCAACAGCACAGAGCCAGGCAACCUGACGCCAGUGAAGGACAGCCCGGCCAUCCCCCGCCUGCGCUCCGUCAACUCCUACACCAACAUCCGCGCCGCCACCACCGCACGCAACCUCAACAAGAGCCUGCAGAACCUCAACCUCAAUGAAGAAGGUGGGCCGGUGGCAUUCUCCCCGGGCAAUCUGAGCACCAGCAGCAGUGCCAGCAGCACGCUGGGCAGCCCCGACAACGACGAGUACAUCCUCUCCUUCGAGACCAUCGACAAGAUGAGGAGGGUCAGCUCCUACUCCUCGCUCAACUCGCUCAUCGGUGUGUCGUUCAACAGUGUCUACACGCAGAUCUGGCGGGUGCUGCUACACCUGGCGGCCGAUCCCUUCCCCGAGGUGUCCGACCUGGCCAUGAAGGUCCUCAACAGCAUAGCGUACAAGGCUACCAUGAAUGCCCGGUCACAAAGGAUCCUGGACUGCGGCUCCUCCACACAGUCGGCCCCCGCCAGCCCCACCAGCAAAGGCACGCACAUACACCAAGCUGGUGCGCCCCACAGAUCCAAACGCUCUUCAUCUCCUUCCAGUGGCUCGCCACCCAUGCCCAGCGCCAGCAGCUCCAGCCUGACCAACGAGGUGCCCAAGCCCCCCGCCCGCGACUCCUCCGGAGGCGCCCCGCCACCCUCCUCCUCGGCCUCCUCCUCCACCUCCACCGUCACCGGCACGGCCGCGCGGCCCCCCUACACGCCAACGCUGGGCGGCCAGGCGCCACACUCGCACCAGUUCCCACGCACGCGCAAGAUGUUCGACAAGGGGCCAGAACAUGGGGCGGGAGAGGAUGGUGACGAGCCGACGCCCCACAAGAACUACAUGCAGACCAUGCAGACGGGCCUCUGCGACUGGAGUGCCAAGUACUUCGCCCAGCCCGUCAUGAAGAUUCCCGAGGAGCACGAUGUGGAGAGCCAGGUGCGGAAGGAGCGUGAGUGGAGGUUCCUGAGGAACGCACGCGUACGCAGACAGAGCCAGCGCAUCACACAGCGAGGUGUGGCUCGGCUGGACGACCAGAUCUUCAUCAACCGGAACCCUGGUGUUCCUUCCGUGGUCAAGUUCCACCCCUUUAAUCCCUGCAUCGCCGUAGCCGACAAAGACAGUAUUUGCUUCUGGGACUGGGAGAAAGGCGAGCGUCUCGACUACUUCUACAACGGCAACCCCCGCUACACGCGGAUCACCGCCAUGGAGUACCUCAACGGGCACGACUGCUCCCUCCUCCUCACUGCCACCGAUGACGGAGCUCUGAGGAUCUGGAAGAACUUUGCAGACCAGCGGAACCCGGAGAUGGUGACAGCCUGGCAGGGUCUCUCUGACAUGCUGCCUACGACGAGAGGUCUGGCACGACGCGUGUCCAUCUAUCUUGACAGGAGCAAACAGGGAGGUGCGGGUAUGGUGGUGGACUGGGAACAGGAGACAGGGCUGCUGAUGACCUCUGGAGACGUGCGCAUCAUCCGGAUCUGGGACACCGAGAGGGAGAUGAAGGUCCAGGACAUCCCGACGGGGGCGGACAGCUGUGUGACCAGCUUGUCGUGUGACCCCCAGCGCUCGCUCAUCGUGGCCGGCCUGGGAGACGGUUCAGUCAGAGUCUACGACCGACGCAUGGGACCCAACGAGUGUCGAGUGAUGACGUAUCGGGAGCACGGCGCCUGGGUGGUGAAAGCACAUUUACAGAGGGAGACGGAGGGCCACAUCAUCAGUGUUAGUGUGAAUGGAGACGUGCGCUUCUUCGAGACGCGCGCCCCCGAGUCUGUGAACGUCCUGCAGACGGUGAAGGGUCUCACUGCGCUGGACAUCCACCCACAGGCCAACCUCUUCGCCUGUGGCUCCAUGAACCAGUUCAUCGCCGUCUACAACUCCAACGGGGACGUCAUCAGCAACAUCAAGUACUACGACGGCUUCAUGGGCCAACGGAUCGGAGCCAUCAGCUGCCUGGCCUUCCACCCAUACUGGCCUCACCUGGCCGUGGGCAGUAACGACUACUACAUGUCCAUCUACUCGGCCGAGAAGAGACUCAGAUAACACCGCAGCAACCAGCAC